AGAUGAGUAUUAACAUCGAAGACUAAAUGUCAGCUGGAACUCUUUUAAAGAUUAAAUGUUUACAGCGGUGUUAAGUAAAGUGAAACCUUCUAAGUAAGUAUAGAUUUAUUACAAGUGGGUUCUCUGUUUCAAACAUUCACUCGUUUAACUCGGAGAACUGCUAGCACAUUAGGUGAGUACGUGACAGGGUACUCGAUAAGUGCUCGCCAACAUAACAUUUCAAGAUAAAAGCACAGGAGAUUAAUUCAAUUGACUCAAUAACAGAAGACUCAGAGCUAUAGYACUAGGAUUUAGCAAGACGAAGUAAAAUCGUGCAGCACUACAGUUACGCUUAUAGGGAGACUGUGGACUUGGAAUAACUGUCUUAAAUAACAAGGAAGMCUUUCCUACUUUAAGUUAACACAUUCUACUUUCCUUAAAUGGUUUUCUGAUUGUCAUUCAAGUUGAUUGAUCAAUCGAAAUGUCAGCAAACCACUUCAAUAUACRAUUCAACGACCGGUCCAAUAAGCUGACGGAUAUGUCAUAAAUUUGCACAAAUCCACAUAUGAGUACGUUGACCUAUAUCGUUGGAGGCAGGUGUAUUCGAUGUAAACGCUGAUCGUGCGAGCUCUCCAUCUCAGCGACUGCUAAAAAGACUUUGGUUUAAAAAAAAAUCAAAACAUGGACAACUCAACACUGGACAAGGAAGAUAUUACGCCUAUUAAAGUACUACGGCUGGUUUUGUACGGAUUUAUAUUUCUUAUUGGUUUAGUAGGAAACGUAUUAGUGAUGAUAGUAGUUCGAGCAAGAGGAAAACGAAGGAUUUUUCAUGAUUAUUUUCUACUGAAUCUUGCCAUAGCUGAUUUGCUGUAUAUUUUGUGCCUUCCUGCGGAUAUUUACAUCGAAAUGGCCCAUUUUCCAUUCACUGAAGUGUACUGUAAGUUAAUAUAUCCUCUUACAACGUUUGCAUUCUCGUUAAGUAUACUAACACUAACUUCAAUGGCAGUGGGGAGGUGYUAUGUUAUGCAGGGAAAUGCUAGAACUCCUAUUAAAGACCGUACYGCAUAUCUAUGGAUUGCCAUAUUAUGGUUUUCAUCUUUGAUCUGYGUUCUUCCUUUAUCAAUAACGGCUCAGUCUGCACCUGAUGCCUGUCUAGAGGACUGGCCGAGCUCAGACUACCGCCGUGCUUAUACUGUAGCUUUAUUAGUACUGCAAUACAUCGCACCUUUAACUAUCAUUGGUAUAGCCUACGUUUAUAUAGGAUUCCUGCUUAUUCACAAGAAACAGCCAAGRCUGGAGCACAAUAUGACAACUAACAGACUGAUGCUCAAUAUUCGACAGCGCAAUGUUCAAAUUAUUCGUACUCUAGCUGUCAUUGUGAUAUUAUUUGCGCUUUUAAUGCUACCCCACGAAAUAGCAUGGAUGAUGAUCGAUUUUGGGAAAAGUGAACAAAAGAAGCUCGGUUUUAUUUURAUAAAAUACUCUCCAAUUCUGACAUAUUUGCACAGUUGCUCCAAUCCACUUGUCUAUGGGUUGAUGAUUUCACAGUUCAGACGUGAUGCUAAGAAGUGCUUGUGUUGUGUUGGUCUGGAGGAGAUACCCGAUGACCAGGGMUCACAGACCGGUAGGGARCUCACUCCUUCAGGAAAAAUUGACAGCAACGAAAAUAUUCGAGAGCAGAAAUCUGACUCUGUAAGAAAGAAAAUGUCACAAAAAUCUUUAAUAACUAAAGUAACUCGAGGAAAGARAGAAUGUAAGACAGAAAUUAUUAAACGGGAUAAUAGUGGAAAACAUGACGAUGAUAACAUGAUAUAAUGAAAUACAAAAAGCAAAACUAGUCUAGCUUAAUGAAAAGAAAAUACAGCAAGCAAUAGAUAGAAGAUUAACAUAGCUGUAAACCGAUUUGAACCAGGAAAUUAAACCGCUGUUCUUUA